CGAUGCAUUCGCGUAUAUGUGUGUGAUAGAUGGAACUUUGAGCAGCUUUAGUAUUGAAAAACUGGAAAACAUAUCUAUACAUUUACUGUUGACCUUGUUCGUUCCAUUUGUCUGGUUUUUUGUAUUUACGAAAGAUAUCUAAAAUGGCUAGCUCAUUGUCCAAAGUCUUUGUUUAUGGGACUUUGAAGAGAGGCCAACCGAACCACUACUGGCUGACAAAUUCCAAUAACGGAUUCGCUUCAUUCCUUACCAAUGGCACUACAAAGGACAAAUAUCCUCUUGUCAUAAGUACACAAUACAACAUUCCAUUUCUUCUGAACAAUCCAGGAAUUGGGAAGAAUAUCAAAGGAGAAAUUUAUGAAAUUGACUCAGAAAUGUUAAGCAAACUGGACAUUUUAGAAGAUUAUCCAGAAUUAUAUGAUCGGCAAAUCGAAGAUAUUGUGACAAAGGAUGGGCUUGUACCCUGUUGGGUGUAUCUGCUCAGGAAAUUUCCACCAAAAUUACUAGACAAAACUUAUCUCGAAGAAUACGCCAGUACCAAUGAUCUACCUUAUUUGGAGAGUUACAGUAAUUCUACAGAGCCAGAUGAUGUGUUUGAUAUUUCUAAGGAUCAACUUUGACUCAAUAGCCUAUCAGUCGUAGUUCAUAGUUUGUUAUUUUGUCAAAAUAUGGCUGUUAGUAUAGUUGUUAAAUUUAUAGUGAUACGAAAUAAAAUAAUUUUGUCAGAAAAGACCUUGUUACGUUAAAAAUUCCUAAUUG